GUGGGCCGAUUGGUUGGAGGACCUACGAGAACUCACCGCGGCGCCUAGUCGAGGCAUACAGCACAGUCUAGUAGUAAUUAACCAUGGCGUCCGCAGGAGGAGGGAAAAUUAGAAGCAGGAGAUAUCACAUCGCUUCUAAACCUUACGCCAAAGGCAAACAGCAGGGCUUAAUCAGUCGAGUGACCGACACGGUGAAGAGCAUCGUCCCCUCCUGGCUGCAGAGUUACUUUAAGAACGGGGAGCCGGCCACAGAGGCACAGGCUCCUGUUGAAGAGCCGCCCGAAACCCACCUGAACAGCCAGCCGCCCCUCCCUGCCCACACAGAGGACCCCUCCCCCCUCACAGAUGAGCAUGAGCCAAAGGCCAGCACCAGUAACACAGAGCCCUCCACUAGUCGGGCUGCCCUGAACUUCCACGAUGUUCUGGCCAGGCCCCCCCUCAAUCGCACCUACCUGCACCUGCCAACAUUGGACAGUUCCCCUGUCCUGAGGGCGGGUAGCAGCACCCUCUUCAGCCAGCCUUCCACCUCGUCCGCCCCCUACACGAGCGGAGGCACGACCGGCUACUCCCUGGUGAAGGAGAUCAAGGACUCCGGCUCCUUGCACGAGGACGACAACAUCUCCACUACCAGCGGCUUCUCCUCGCGCGCUUCAGACAAAGAUGUGACGACCGCUAAGAACGUGCCCUUCAUGUGGUCACCCGAGAACGACCGCACCCACCCUGGUCCUCAGCUGUCCGGCUCCACUCUCAAGAAGCCUGCUUUCAACCUGUCCGUGUUCGGAACUUCCUCUUCAUCUCCAUCCAACAGCUUGAUACUGAACUCCAGCAAGCUGGGCGAUUCCCCGUUCUACCCGGGCAAGACCACAUAUGGAGGCAGUGCAGCCGUGCGAAGCAGUGCUCGAGUUCGAGUCGACACGCCUUACCAGGCUCCACUGCGGAGACAGAUCAAGGCGAAGGGGGCGGGGGCCCAGCCGUGUGGGGUCACCAGCCUGACCGCACGCCGCAUCCUGCAGUCCCUGGAGCGCAUGUCCAGUCCGCUCGCAGAUGCUAAAAGAAUCCCAUCACCCUGUUCCUUGGCUUUGCCGACAGCGCUGAAUAGGACUGACACGGGCCUCACACACUUACAGUCCAAAAGGAAAAAGAUGGACCCCCAGUUGCCCCCGGUGCAGAAGCUGGUGACCCCGGCCACGCCCCCGGUGGCGGGGAACCGCUCCAUGUCUUUCCGGCCCUGCCUCACGCCCUGCAGUAACCUGGGCAGUGUGCAGGAGAGGCACAGCAGCAGAGACAGGUCUACUAGACAAUCAAUACAGACAACUGUGGCACCAGCGUUGCCAGUUGAAAGCCCCAGCGGCCUCUACCCCCUGUCCAGCACCCCUGCAGCCAAUGGUACAGACUCACGCGGCUCUGGGGGAAAGAUGAAGAGGGAGAGGGGCAUCCGAGCCUCCACCAAACCUGCCCCAGAGGAUGAGAUUGUGGAGGUGCCAGAUCUGCCCCCCAUCUCCCUUCCCAUAAGCACGGCCCCCCUGCCCACCUUCAACUUCCUCUGUGCGCCAGAGUCCACUGCUGCUUCUUCCCCCGCUGUUUCCAGCACCCCUAUCUCCAGUACGCUCCCUGCAGCCGCAUCCAGCCCCCCCUGCACCCCGUUCACCUUCUCAUCCCCCAUCGUUAAAGCCACAGAGCCCAACCUUCUACCUCUGUCACCUCCCUCUUCUGGAUUCACCUUCAGUGCACCUGUUGCUAAACCUGGUCUGUCUGACUUCGGUGGCAAGGCCACCCCGCUCAUGACCCCAGUGAGGUCCUCAUCUGCUGCAGCCCCUCAGGCCACGAAGACCGAGGAGUUUGAAGGCCUGUUCCAGCCAGCAAAGACCUUAAAGCAAGGCAGUGUGCUGGACAUCCUGAGGAGCCCAGGGUUCUCCUCCUCAUCACCAGGGAGCGCCACUCUUCCUGUCAAGGUCCUGCCCUCAGUCCAGGAGUCCUCCUCGGAUUCUGGCUCCGGCUCCGACUCCGGCUCCAGGUUUAUGGACAAGUUCAAGCCGGCGGCUGGCUCAUGGAGCUGCGACGCCUGCAUGCUUAGCAACGGCCCGUCGCUGGGCAAGUGUGCGGCCUGCGGCGCCGACCGGCCCGGGACAGACUCCUCCUCCAAACCGGCCCCCGCGGCCGCGCCCUCCCCCGGGCUCGGCUCUCUGUUCACCGCUCCGGCCGGGAGCUGGGAGUGCGACACCUGCCUGGUGCAGAACAAGGCCGAGGCCCUCAAGUGUGUGGCCUGCAACAUGCCCAAGCCUGGGACUGGAGUUAAACCUGCCCUGACUCAGCCCGCUCUCUCUGAGCCUCUGACCGCUCCCACUCCCCCCAGCAGUAGCAGCAGUAGCAGCAGCACAACCAACUCACUAACGUCAGGGUUUGUAGGCUUUGGGGACAAGUUUAAGAAGCCAGAGGGAGCCUGGGAAUGUGACACUUGCAUGGUGGAGAACAAGGCCCAGGAUUCUAAGUGUGUGUCCUGCAUGACUGCGAAGCCAGGAGCAGCAGCCCCGGCUGCAGCAGCGCUGCCCUCCAUCCCUUCAGGAGGCCUGCUGGGUUUCGGAGACAAGUUUAAGAAGCAGGAGGGCGACUGGGAGUGCGAUACGUGCUGUGUACAGAACAAGGCGGAUGCCCUGCAGUGUGUGGCCUGUCAGUCCAGUAAGCCUGGAGCCAAAAUGGAUCCCAAAGGGUUCGGCUCCUCCGCAGCCUCCACCUCCUUCACCUCCUCCUCCUUCACCUUCGGCAUCCCGUCCUCCUCCAACACAGACCCCGCCCCGGCAGGCUCAGGGGGCUUCAAAUUCGGGGAUCAGGGUGGAUUCAAAUUCGGGACCUCUUCAUCGGGGGGGUUCGGCGGGGGAUUUAAAUUCAACACGGGCCCCUCCUCUGCCGCGACCGGUGGGGAGGACGAGAAGAAGGAGUCCGGCUUCAAGUUCGGCACGGCCGGGGGAAUCGUGUUCGGCACGGGGAGCGGAGGGGCGAGCGAGGACGAGGGCAAAGGCCCGGGGGAGAGCGAGCCCAGCGCCGCCCUGCCCAAACUUGAGGAGCCAGCCGCCACCACUGCCCCCGCGCUGCCGGGCGCAGGGUUCGCCUUCUCCGCCCCCAAGGACAAGCCUGAGGCCGAGGCGGCCCCCGCGCCCUCCACAGAUACUGCGGCAGCCCCGACCUUCUCCUUCGGGAAGCUGCCUGAGGCCAAGCUGCCCGUGGGCCAGCCCCUGGCAGGCUUCACGUUCGGCAAACCUGCAGAGAAAGAGCCCACAGAGUCCGUCCCCGUCCCUGUCUCUGUCCCCGCCCCCGCUCCCGCCCCGGCCCCCCUGCCCACCUCUGCCCCUGCCCCCUCCUUCUCCUUUGGGAAAGUGGAGGAGAAGCCGGAGACCAGCGCUCCUCCCUCCUUCCUAUUCAGCGCGGCGAAGGAGGCCGAGAAGCCGGCUCCCUCCUCCGGGUUCUCCUUCAGCAAGCCCGACCCGCCCCAGGAGGAGUCCAAACCCCUGUUCUCUUUUGGGAAGCCUGCGGAAAAGACUGACGCGGCCGACGCCCCCAAGCCCUCUUUCGGCUUCGGAGCGGCUGCAGAUGCAGGCGCUGCUAAGCCAGCGUUUGGGUUCAUGGCCGGGUCAGCCCCGUCCUCCUCGGCCCCAGGGCCCAGCCUGUUUGGGGCCAGCUCUGCCCCUGCCGCCUCCGCUCCCGCCCCCACCAGCACCUUCGUGUUUGGGCAGGGUCCCUCCAGCGAAGCCGCCCCAGCCAAGACCUUUCUGUUCGGAGCGCAGCCGGACGCCAAGCCCCAGCCGGUGGCUCCCCAGAGCGCGGCGCCGGCCCCCUCCGCGGGCCAGCCCUUCCUGUUCGGCUCCGGUAACACCGCAGCUGCCCCCUCUUUCACCUUCGGGGCGGCAGCGCCCUCUACUGCCAGCUCCACAGCGUCUGGUUCCUCUGCUGCCCCCUUCGUGUUCGGCUCCGGCCCCGGGCCCUCUGCUCCCCCUGCGUUCGGGGCCGGGUCGGCCCCUGCUUUCGGACAGGGCUCCAGCCAGCCCAGUGCCCCGGCCUUCGGGUCCGGUCCUCCCUCCCUCUUCUCUGCCACCGCUGUCCAGCCCCCCGCCUUCGGGGUGCUGCCUGGCUCCACGUUCGGCCCGCAGGCCAAUUCCACACCCACCUUCGGCUCGGCCGCUGCCUCCUCCUCCUCCGCUCCAGGUGGAGGGUUCCAGUUUGGGGGUCCCAGUGCUUUCGGGGCCUCGGGGAGCGGCUCGGCUGUGUUUGCGUUUGGAGCUGCUCCGGGGGCCCCUGCUGCUGCCACGCCCACCCCCGCUGGCCCCGCACAACCUGCUGCUCCUGGAGGGGGCUUCUCCUUCAACCAGCCGCCUGCGUUCAACAUAGGGGCCGCCAAGAGCUCCUUCAACACGUCCACCCCAGGACCGCACUCCAUCUCAGGCCGCAAGAUCAAGACCGCGGUCCGCCGGCGCAAAUAAUGCACAGCUCCGCACAUCCGACGCAGCCCUGGCCUCGGAGAGGCAUCCCGCCAACACGCCCAAACACCGAACACGCACCCACACCAGCCACUCGCCGCCCUCAGCCCUUUUACCCAUCACUCACGGGGACAACGUUCAGCGGGGCGGGCUGUUGCCGUCCGCACAGGACCGGGCUGAAAUCGGGGACUGUCACUCCUGCGGUUUGAAGAGGUGGGGGAGGGGAACGGCCAGGAGAUCAGGAGAGGAUGACACGUUCAACCCCAAAAAAGAAACUGAGAAAAUAUAAUCAAGCAAGAAUCUUCAGCUAAAGCGGGAAAAUAAUAUAUAUAUUAGACCUCGGCAACAUCUGCUAUGAUUCUAGCAUGGCUUUUUGUAAUGGGGGGGGGAGGGGUACUCAUAGAUGGGAGUAAAUGCCUGCAGCGGGUUUUGCUGGCACCACUGCGGUGGUGGCGGUGGUGUUGACUGGGGGGUUUUAUAGCGGACGUUUUUGUUUAGUGUACAGACUGAAGCGUGUGUUUCGGGCAGGUGAAGCGUAUGAAUGUGUGGAGUGUGGUUGGGGCGGUACUCGUGCACUAGGGGGGGAUGAACGGGGGCACCAGAAAAACCCCCAGACACUCAUCCUGGGGAAUUUGGUUGAAUCUGUAGUUACUUAAAUCUGUUCUGCUACCUGUUUUCUCUUUCUUUCUUUCUUUCUCUCUCUCUCUCUCUCUCUCUCUCUCUCUCUCUCUUUCUCUUGCUCUCUCUCUCGCUCACUUUUUCUCUUGAUUGAUUCGCCUUUUCAAUUUUAUUAUAAAGACAAAAGUGAUGUAAAUACAGUAUGAUUUUUUUGGCUACUAUCUGAAUCUGUGAACUUGAUUUUGUUGUGUGUGCGUGCGUGUGUGUGUUAAAGCAACCUUUUUUUGUUCUGUAUUUGUCUUUAGAUUUUAUGUAAAUCCGUUUAUUCAAAGUUGCCUAAAUCCAUUUAAAAUAAACUAAUGCAAAUUGGGAAUCCUUUGAAGACUAAAGGUAUAUUGGCUUUUCUGAUCCACUUUUGUUUGGACCAAAACCAGUAUUGUACAAAGUGUUAAGUAUAUAUUUUUUUAUCUUUUGUUUGAAUGGACUGUGGUGACUUUGGAUAAUAAGGAAGAUUUAAUAUUAAAGCCAUGUUUAUUACAGGAUGAAUAACAAAGUAAAAACAAUGGACUAAUUGCCAUCAAUAAAAUUAUGAAAAGUUCA